CCUAUCACAGCUGAGAGGCUGGACAGCAGCCUGUCGCAACGUUAUUUAUUCGAGUCUUCAUUUUUGAACUUUCACAAACAACGAUUCUUUCUAUCAGGCUUCUUCACGUUUCUUCACUGAGCUACGCGACAUUUGAUCUGUAAACAUUAAAAGCUCUUAAAACGGACAUUGACGCUUUUAUUCUGAAAGGUUUAGCGGAAGUUUUUGUGUUACCGUAACUGGGGUAGCGCGAAUUGGACGAGCAAGUUUUGAGGACGAGUGAAAGUGCAGCCGAAGCUCGUAAAUACGGAGAGAAUGGACGGCGCUUCAAUUGAUAGUUUAAUCCUGAAGCUCCACGACGUGAACGGAGUGAAGUUCGGGGAAUACAAGCUGAAGAGCGGCCUGAUGACACCCAUUUAUAUCGACCUGAGGGUGCUCGUGUCCCACCCCGCGCUCAUGAACCAGGUGGCAAAUCUCAUCUACGAGCGAGUGCAGGAAGAGGGUCUGCAGUUCGACUCUGUGUGUGGGGUUCCUUACACAGCCUUGCCUUUGGCCACAAUUAUCUGCUCACGACAUGAACUGCCCAUGCUCAUCAGGCGGAAGGAGGCCAAGGACUACGGAACCAAACGGCUGGUGGAGGGGUCGUUCCGUCAGGGGGAUACGUGCCUGAUCAUUGAGGACACGGUGACCAGCGGCACCAGCAUCCUGGAGACUGCUGAAGUGCUCUACAAAGAGGGACUGAAGGUGACGGAUGCAAUUGUGCUAAUGGACAGAGAGCAAGGUGGCGUGGAGAUGUUGGCAUCAAAGGGAAUCAAGCUCCAUCCCAUCAUCUCCAUAUCUCAGCUGCUCCGUGUGCUACAGGCAGCCGAACGCAUCGACGCCCAAACCGCCCAGAUUGUCCUCGAGUUCAUCCGGGACAACAACACUUUCAGGCCCAAGAAUGGCACAGACUCUCCAGCCAGCAAGAAGCUGUGUGUGGAACAGAAGCUGGAGCUCAGUUAUUCAGAAAGAGCCAAGUUACCAAACAUCCAUCCUCUAGCAUCAAAGCUGCUGAAGAUUAUGGAGGAGAAACAGUCCAAUCUUUGUGUGUCUGCUGAUGUAACCAGCAGCGAUGAGCUGCUCCAGCUGGCCGAGUCGCUCGGUCCAAAGAUCUGCAUGCUGAAGACCCACGUAGACAUCCUCCAGGACUACACAUUAGCCUUUAUUCAGAAAAUGCAGGCCGUGGCAGAAAAGCACAACUUUCUUAUCUUUGAAGAUCGCAAGUUCGCUGACAUCGGGAACACAGUCAAGCAUCAGUAUGAGGGUGGUUUGUACCAGAUUUCAUCGUGGUCCCACAUAGUGAAUGCCCACGCAGUGCCGGGGCCGGGAGUGGUGAAAGGUCUGAGCGCUGUAGGGAAGCCUCUGGCCCGAGGCUGUUUGCUCAUAGCUCAGAUGAGCUCCCAGGGAUCGCUGGCUGCUGGUGAAUACAUGAAGGCUGUGGUGCAAAUGGCAGAGGAGCACUCGGACUUUGUGAUUGGGUUUAUCUGUGGCACUAAGCUCACAGAGAGGCCAGAGUUCAUCCACGUGACCCCCGGAGUGCAGAUGCAGGCUGGAGGAGAUUUGCUGGGCCAGCAGUACACCACUCCAGAGGAAGUUAUCUACAGCAAAGCCUCUGAUGUCAUCAUCGUGGGACGAGGCAUUUUGGCAGCAUCUGAUAGGGUGGAAGCUGCGGAGUUGUACAGGAAGUCGGGCUGGGAUGCUUACAGAAAGAGAGCGGGCCAGAGCAGCAUCUAAGUAACUCUCUGACUCGAGUUUCAGAGUGCACCUGUGACGAGGACCUGUGCAGCUGAUCAGAGUGUUUUGAAGGCAGCGUGUAAUUAUGCACACGCUACCGUUCACUUCAGGUAUCACUGCCACAUCAGUGUGCAACACUACAGUGUUUGACACUUGGAGCGUGUUCUUGGCAGGUGUGCGUUUUACUGUUGAUCUGCUGCUUUAAAUGUUUGUGAUUCAUUCCUUUUAAAUUUGUUGCACAACUUGAACUGAUUUCUAAUCUCAAUGUUUUUUCUGAUCAGGUUUCAGUAGUUGGUUUUAAAUAAUGGAUUGAGGUCAUUCCUCCGGUCUGAGUACUACAGUGAUGAUUUCGAAAUGGGGAUUCACUUAAAAUAGUGCAGGAUGUCUCUUACAGCACGAAAAUGACCACAUCGUGUAGCUCUGUCUAGGUCACAAAACCACCACCCCUUGCAUGCUGUUAUAUCAGUGCUAAAACACUAGAUAGAAAUGCUACAAUAUUUUGUGGGGGUGGUGUGACUGUGAGCUCUGUCUCCUGCGUUUGAAUCACCAGCCAGCAGGGGGCUCUGUUUGGGGUUUGUUCGUUCUUUCUGGGCUUCCAGGGGUUCUCUCAGACUUCCUCCCGCACUCCACAAACUUGGGAUACCCUCCAAUCCCUGCGUGACCCUGAAUUGGAGAAGAAGAAGAAGGACACUAAUAGUUCAAGCUUCAAGUUCAGGGCAUUUUUAAUUCACAGAGGUUCUUCAUUAGUCUUCACGUGUUCAC